AUCAAUCAUAAGAUAUCGUGCUGUAAACACAAAUUGCUACGCAAAGAAAUGGCAUCCUUCAAGUUGAUAUUUACUUUGGCCUUUAUAGCCAUAAUGGCAUUGGCUAAUCUACCUUCAAUGGCCGAGGCCCAAAGACGCAAAUGUCCUGACAUUUGUCCAGCCGUCUUUAGUCCUGUUUGUGCUACACUAAGCAAUGGCAGCAGAAGACAAUUUCCCAAUUCAUGUUCUUUGAGUGUAGCUGUUUGUAAACAAAAUCUUCGUGUUAGGUCUUCCAGGCCAGGUGAAUGCUGAGGAAUGGAUGCAAGGUCCAUACAACUUUAUCAUACA